AUGACUGAAAAUGAACAAAAACACGACAAUUCAUUUUGCAAAUCAGCUGAGUGCUACAAUAGCGCUAUUUUAAAAGGAUUAUGUCCCUUUUGCCCAACGAAGCUGAGGGAAAUCAAUUGUUUAGAUGAGCAUGUUCUAGAUUUCCAUAAACCUUUAUUGUUAGCCUUUGAAUAUGCAAACCAGCUAUUGCUUUAUCCGUGUCCCAACAACUGCGGAAAGAGCUACAAAUUCAAAAGCAGUCUCAAUGGCCACUUUAAGAAUGAAUGUGGUAAACCACCAAUGUACAAAUGCCCAUAUUGUAAAAAAAGAUGUACAUUGAAAGGCAACAUGAAGAGACAUAUCGUAUUGGUGCAUCAUAGAAGAGCAGUUGAAUCCGAUUUCAAUCUGCAAUUUACCACAAAAGCUGCGUUUUUUUAA